ACGCUUGUCAUUUUGCACGGGCGCAGACUUUGCGGAGCGUUAGUUGAACGUUUCACGGGGCAGACCGGAGCGGACGAGUCGGCCAAGAGUAGAUGUGCGGUUGUGUCUUAAAGGGAGGGGCUUGAACGGGUAUUCAGUUUUUUUUUGUGUGUUGGUAUCAUUGAGUGUAGCGGAGGACCGACCGACCGACUGCAGCCUGGCUCCCUCUCUCCUCUCCUCACACUCGACUCAAGAGCUUUUGUCCCGUUAAGAUUCACAGAAACCCUCAGAUUUCCACCAGUAAGACUGAUCUGAAAGAACUGUCAGGGGAUUACUCCACCUCUCCACAUCCACUGGCACAAUCAUGGAGGAAAUGGACUUUGAGCGGCGCCGGGAGCUGAGGAGGCAGAAGCGGGAGGAGAUGCGCCUGGAGGCCGAACGGCUGGCGAGGAAUGAUGACGAUGAGGAGGAGGCAGCCCGCGAGAGGAGGCGCAGGGCGCGCCAGGACAGGAUGAAGGGCAAGGAGAGUGAGGAGCCCAGCGGACAACCAGACAGUCUGGUCAUGACCAACAGCCACAGUGUGACAGAGGCCGUGUCUGUGAGCAGCUCCUAUGGGGGAGGCGGAGCUGAAGACGAGGACCAGGCCCUGCUGGAUCGCAUGGCCAAACGCGAGGAGCGUCGGCUGCGACGCAUGAAGGAGGCUCUGGAUCGACAAAAGGAGCUGGACCCCGCCACCACGGAUGCCGAUGAUGGCAUCGUCGUGGAGAAACAGGAGGAGAGGCCAUCCUCCUGGCGUAGGGGUCGUUCCCGCGACAACGAGGACGACGACGAGAAGACAGAGGCGUACAGCUCAAGGAGAGAGGAGGAGGAGGAGGAGGAGGAGAAGAAGCGAGAGGAGCCGAGGGAGGAAGAAGAGGCUGCUCCCGAGGGUGGAGAGGAAGCAGAUGAGGGUGUUGAUGAAGAGGAGGAACUGAAAGUGGAGGUGGUGGAGGACAAACCGAGAAUGUCUUACUUGAGAGAACAGGAAUCACCCGAAGAACCUAAAAUGCAAAGCGAGGAACUUGCUGAUUCAGUAGUCAGGGAGAUUUCAAACCGAGCCAAGUCAACCAAUUCAGAGGCUGAGGAGGAGGCGGUAGCCUCAGAGGAGGCUGAGGAGGUGAAUGAGAGAGGCUGGGCCAGGGAGGAAGAGAGGAGGCAGAACGGAGGGCUGCACGAGGAGGAGGCGACUCCCAAACAGCACAGGAAACCUGAGAGGACCCUCAGCCGCGGCAGUGUGCGCUCCCCCGAGGUGUCCGCUGGUGACGACCAGGACGACGCCGCCCGCCUGGAGGCAGAGCUCAAGCUGGAGGAGCUGAAGCGCAGACGCGACGACGCGGAGAGCGAAGAGUUUGAGAGGAUGAGGCAGAAGCAGCAAGAGGCCGAAGUCGAGCUGGAUGAGCUGAAGAAGAAGAGGGAGGAGAGGAAGAAGGUGCUGGAGGAGGAGGAGAGGCAGAAGAAGCAGGAGGAGGCGGAGAGAAAAGCCAGGGAGGAGGAGGAGAAGAGGAAGAUGAAGGAGGAGAUUGAAAGAAGGAGAGCAGAGGCAGCUGAGAAGAGACAGAAGGUGGAGGACACUAUGGACGAGGAGGGCAGACCCUUCAAGUGUGUCAGCCCUCGAGGCUCUUCUCUGAAGAUUGGGGAGAGGGCGGAGUUCCUCAACAAGUCGGCACAGAAGGGCGCAGUGAAGGCGUCUCAUUCUCCCGUGGUGUCCAAGAUAGACAACAGGCUGGAGCAGUACACUUCAGCUGCUCAGCAGAGAGAGAACAAGGAAUCUCGAUCCCCUCGUUCUGGAGCAGUAGACCUUCCCAUGGUUACCGACAGCAUUCGAAACAUCAAGAGCAUGUGGGAGAAAGGCAACGCGUUCGGCACACCUGGAAGUGGCGGCAGCCCGUUCAAGGAAGCAGCUGUGAUGAAGACAGGCGUGGCGGGUCGCAUUAACGACUGGCUGAAUAAAACCCCGGAGAGCGGCAAAACGCCAGGAGGAAGGCCAACGGACCUGAAGCCUGUUGAUGUCUCCAACAAGAGGAGUCUAUGGGAAAACAAAGGUGCCUCUCCAACCAAGGUGGCAGGCAGAGGGGAGACCAAAGCAGUCGCCAACGGUAUGGGACACUAACGUCUCGAAGGAGCCACUAAAGCUGGGGACCACGACAAUCCAAGACUUCUUCCUUUGACUUUGUCUUAAGAACCAAAUCAUGAUUACACUCCCGAGAGGGAACCCAAGAAAACGGAGGGACAGGAGAGACGCUGUCCAAAGCACUGUACCCAAAAACAGCAUCACAUUUUUUGUACGGUCGCCACGUAUAGUGCCUUUGCACAAUGAUUCCUGCUUUCUAAAAGAAACUAAAUGCUGUGAAAUUUGGACAUUUGUAAUUGCUAUUACUAAUUACUUUAUACAACCCUGCCAGGAAGAAAAACAUAAUUAAAUUUAGAUUUAUCUGUUGUACUCUAAUGUCGACAGUUUCGAUAGAGACUGAGGCGUUUUUAAAGCUUCCACAUUCCAAAGAGAUGGGUGAAAUCCGUUGUCUCCCUCAUACAGUACAUUUUCCAUCUCUUUUUCAUUUUAUUUAUAUUUAAAGCAAAAGCUUCACACAUUGCUAUUUUAUUCAACGUUCACAGGUUCAGGAUAGAAAUAUAAGCACUUCUAGAAUUUAGCUGAUUUCACUUUUAUUAUUGUCUUACCAAUAGUGCAGCAAUGGUCUGAGUAAUAUAUGUUAGCACAUGUGAUGUUUCGAAUAUGACCUAUCAUACUGUAUCUUAUAUAACAUUUUUAUACUCAUUACAAAAGGUAUUUUUGCUUCUUUUUUUUGUAUCCAGAAACUUUCCAACAAUGGGCAGUUUUUGUUGUUGGCGAUAGGAGUGUUUGAUAUUCAGAAGGCCAAUUAUGACUUUUAUUAUCCUUUGUGUUAUUUUAUUUAUGUUUUAAUGUUUUUUUUGUUGUUGUCCUUUUCUAUUUCUAGCUGUUUCUGUAGCUUUUGUGCCUGUUUGAUCACUUUAAAAAUCUUCAGACAUUCCUCUUGAGAAGCCGUGGGGGAAAAGGUGCCUUCGCUGUAGGUUUUACAAUAUAGGAAAUCUGCAAACCAACCCUCUUUUUUUUAGAAUGUACCUUUACUUCUACUAAUUACUAACUUCUUUAUUGCCUCUAUGAACACUCUUUCGCUCAGCGAUUAUUUUCUAAUUGAUGGCAUUUAAAGUAAAAUCAGGGUGCCGAAGCAUAUAGCAAGAUACUAGUACAAUACAAGGAUAUUUACCACUAUGUAAGUCUUCUGGCCUUAUGAUUGCAAAAAAAACAAAAAACAUUUAUGACAGCUGAGGUACAUGAUAGCCUCAAAGUAACCCAAUAUGAUAUUAAGACUUAUGAUUUUCAUGUUUAUUUUUCAUUGAUGUGGUCUUAAGUAGCACAUUCCCUUUGAUAGUUGUUUUUCAUGACACACGCUUUGAUAACUAUUAUUGGUUUGCCAGGGCAUUAAAUUGAUCAAUGUUACUGCUCAAAAGUCUGACAAUCACAUUCCAUGGCUCCUAAAAAGAGCAGGGGAGCUUGACCAAAAUAUUUUUAAAAUGUGAUUUAAUGUGACAUUUAUGUGUUUUUUUUUAAUACAGUGGUUUCGAAAUGUUUUUUGUUUUUACAACCUUUUGUCCAAUGUAUGUUUUUUAAAGUUCUUUCCAUGUUUAACCAGACACUUGUUUGUGUAGCGCGAAGCCUAUGCAAAGCACACUAUCUGUAGCCUCUCUAAACACUCCCAAUGUCACACAAGUGGGCCGUUUCCAACUGGACGAAUGUUUUAAACAUUGUACGCUUCACUCAACAACAGCAAUAAAGACAUUGAGGUAUUCCACAUUG